AUGUACCAAGAGCACUACAAUGCUCUCUUCUCCAUGGACUUUGUGGAGACCAAGUACCCACAUGUUGACACAAUGAAGGCCCUUGGAAUCUUUGAGGAUGUGGAGUUGGUUCUCAAGAACAUGCACUUGGCCAAGUUCUUCUCUUACAUGGAAUCCUACAAGGAGCUCACUUGUGAGUUCUUAGCUUCAAUGAGGUACCACAUGUAUGAUGAGGAAGAUAGAGCUGAUUUGGACCAAGGAUUGGGAUGGAUCACGUUCUUGGCUAAGGGAGAGAAGAAAUGGUGA